UUGCAGGGAAAUAACGCCGUGUAGGAAACAUGACAGAAGUAAGCGCAACACACAUCAUGGAAGCGUUUGACUAGUAACUAUUUUUUUUACUCUAUGAUUUUUUACAGUCUAUGACUAGUACAGUAUGUCGCGAGCUUUCCUCAGACAACGUCAGGCUCUGCAGUGUUUGGGAACAGGGCUCGGUUGUUCUGUAUUGUUGAGAUCUAUCGCUACUCACGGGCUGCCUCCUCACGCAGAUGAAGCGUCACUUUAUGUCCAUUGGCCAUAUUGCCUGAAAAGAUGCUCUUAUUGCAACUUCAACAAGUAUAUUCCUCGGGGUCAAAACCAUGCAGUGAUGACAGAAUGUCUGCAAAAAGAGACAAAAACCUUACUACAACUCAGCCAAGUGUCCCGGAUCAGCUCAGUGUUUUUUGGAGGAGGAACACCUAGCUUAGCUCAGCCCUCCACAAUCGCUGCUGUCUUGGAGGCUGUUUCCAAAAAGUAUCUCUCAGAUGAUGCAGAGGUCACCCUUGAAGUGAAUCCGACACCUGCGGGAAAAGCUAGUCUGAAGGACUUCAUGUUAGCAGGAGUUAACCGGUUUUCUGUUGGUAUUCAGUCACUGAAUGAUGAUCACCUGAGGACACUAGGGAGGGAUCACAACUCCCAGCAUGCUCUCCGGACAGUGUCAGAGGCCAGGACGCUCUGCCCGGGACGUGUGUCUGUAGAUAUCAUGUUUGCUCUUCCGGGUCAAAGCGUAAAGUCAUGGGAGAGUGAGCUGGAGAAAUUGCUGCCGGUUUGUGACGAUCAUGUUUCACUGUAUCAGCUGACUUUGGAAAGGGGGACACAGCUUUUUAAAAAGGUUGAAACCGGGGAACUAAACGUGCCCGGUGACGAUGUCACUGCUGAUAUGUACGAAUCAGCACGCAGAGUCUUAAAGAAGGCUGGGUUUCAACAGUAUGAGGUGUCCAACUUUGCCAAAAAUAACGCUGUCAGCGAACACAAUGUCGGGUACUGGAGGGGACAUCAGUACAUCGGUGUAGGCCCAGGGGCUCAUGGGCGCUUUGUGCCGCGUGCAGUGGGAGGAGUUCAGAGGGAAGCACGAACCCAGACCUUAGAGCCAGAUGUUUGGAUACGAGAGGUUCAGCGUCACGGUCACGGGACGCGCCGUCAGAUACAACUUGACCACCGUGGCCUGCUGGAGGAGGUUUUGGUCAUGGGUCUGCGUAUGAAUGAAGGAAUCACCCGGCAGCACUGGGAGUUAUUUAGCCCAGAAGCUGACCUCCAACACAUUUUUGGGAUGUCAGAAAACGUUCAGGAAUUGCAAGCAGGCGGGCUUCUAAUGCUUGAUGACAGGGGUUUGCGCUGUUCCUGGGAAGGAUUAGCGUUACUAGACAGCAUCUUACCCACAAUGCUGCUUGAAUUAGAGACGUUUUUCCAAAGUAGGGUUUCUGCACAUCAGCAGGAACACAGACUUUCACAGAGACGGAUGACCGUUUAUAUCGGAGAAACAUGACACAGAGAUAAUGCGUGAUAAGGUAAACAUGAAACGAUUGAAGAUGUUUACGUAUGUGUCAAUAACGUGACGCGUUUAAACCCUUAUCUAUUAAUUUAUUCACAAAUAGAACAUUAAAAAAAGCAUUGCAUAUAUGACUUGAAUGCACCUCUUCAAUGUGAACAUGCUUUUAAUCUCUGAAUUAGAAUUCAGUGUAAUUUGUUAAGGGAGUUCGGGGUGCAUAAAGUAAAAAGUCAGGUUGAUGUGUUUCUGCAUCUGUUUCAUCACCAAUAUAAAGAAAAACAAAGUUUUCAAUGUUG